AUGCAAGAACGCAAGCUUACUGACAAAUUGAGACAGAUUCCUAUCGCCGGUGGUUUAGAACCUCCACCUCGAGACGAUGAUGGUAAUCUCAUGGAGGGGUUGCAAGAGGGAUUGUUAAAAGAACUCAUUAAAUCCAUAAAUAUGAGGGGACAAGCCGCCGUACCUCAGAUGACACUCAAGAGGGAACCUGUCACACCUGUGGGGAUCAAGAACGAACCCGUCACCCCUGCGAAACCGGGAACGAUUUCUUUUCUCACAGCUUCAUCCCAAAAGAUACAAAAAACGAAACGAAAACUUCCUGUUCCCACACCGCAAAAGCAUCGCACGGAGUUGGAACGACUCAAAGAAUUUGGUAACUGGGAACCUUGGGAAAAGAGAGGUUACGACCCGUAUCAAGUGUUUGAAGAUGACGAAACGCCAAAGUCGAAGAAAGGCAAAGGGAGGGCAAGAACCGUUCAAGCUAAGGCUAAAAGGAAACGACAGAGAGGAGGAAAAUUUGAUAUUCAGAAAUGGAUUUCAAAGUUAGGUGUCGAGUUUCAUUGGCCCGGAUACCAGUAUAUGGGUCCAGGUACAAAAUUAGCCAAGCGAUUAAAACGUGGUGAUCCAGGAAUUAAUCGUCUUGAUAGAUUAGCCAAACAGCACGAUAUUGAUUACAGUAAAGCUAAAUCACUCGCUGACAAACAUAUUGCAGAUCGUAAGAUGGUAGCCGGAAUCGAUAAGUUUCCAGGCAAGAAGAGUUUAACCGAGCAAAUUGUGAAGCGAAUCAUGCAAGCUAAACUUAAAACAAAAUUGUAA